AUGUAAUUCUAACAAGUAUCUAAGAGCCCAGUUUCCAAAAAUGCUACACAGAAGAACACUAUAUUUCAUUAAGAUAUGCAACUUCAGGAUGGAUAAGAGAUAGAAAAUGAUAAAAAUGUGACGAAAAUUCGAAAGAGUAGAUUUGCAAAGCAUAUGAAAAUUUUAAUCCAUCAAUAACAAAAUGUGUAAAUUUUUUUGGUAAUUUAGUAAUUUGAGAGAGAGUAUAAUUAGUUUGAAAAAGCGAAAAACCUUGGAAGGGUUUUCAGGUGAGACUCCAGUUUCAAUUCAGUAAUGUUUCUCUUUUCUAAGUUCUGCAAUCGAAAAUGCAAGAAGUUUGAGGUUAAGUUAAUUUUUAAUUGUCUAGAUCGCUUGACCUAUCAGGAAUGGAAAUCGAUCCCCUUUUAGCUAUAGAAUUGGGCCAAGGACUGUAAAAAAAUUCUUCUUUAUACGAAAUCAACCUUUCUGGGUGUAAAUUAAAUAGUUUUAGUUUACAAUAUAUAUUUUCAUCAAUAUCCAAUCACCAAACAUUACAGUCAAUCAAUUUGUUUAAUAACCAAGGCUUUAAUAUCGACCUAAUGAAUGAUAUCAACUAAUUUGUUUUUAAAGGAAAAAAUAACUUAAAAAAACUUAAAUUAACUCAUUGCAAUAUCUCUAGUACAGCUAUGAGUUAUCUGUUGAGAAACCUUAAGUAAAAUAAAGUUUGAUAUGUUAGGUACUCCCGAUCGAUAAACGCUAUUGAUAUUUCUAUGAUGUAAUUUACAACUGACGUAUUAACAAGUUUAGGAAUGGCUCUUCAACAUUAUAAAGGUAAAAAGGUGCUCGAGUAUUUAAAUAUUGGAGAUACUAAUAUAAAAAAUCAAGGAGUUGAAGUGUUGGCUUAAAGAGUAAGUUGGAACAUGAGGAAGAUCAACCUGAAAGAACUUAACAUAAGAAGAAACUUUAUCAAUUAAUCGGGAGUUCAGUAUUUAGAAACAUUUCUAAGAAAAAUAAAUAACUUAUAAAAGUUAGAUUUAUCACAAAAUCAAAUAGAGGAAUUUAAUUGCUAAAAUUUAUUAUCAAGGAAAAUGUAUGAAGUGAAUUUAAGUUCUAAUUUAAUUUCUUGUUUCCCUUAAUAGUUUUUCUUGAACACUCUAGUUAUCAAUUUAACAAAUAACAAUAUAACAAGUCAUGGAGCAUUUUAAUUGUCUAGUAUUUUAAGGCAGAACCCACUUUGGAUAGAACUCAAUCUUUCAAACAAUCAAAUAAAGAGUGAAGGAUUCAAUUCUCUUAUAUUUGGACUUAGAGAUAAUAAAAUGCUAAAAAAAUUUAUUGUUGCUAACAACAAUUUGGAUGGUGAAGCCAUAAUAACAUAUAUGAUUAAUCAUGAAUAAGUUUAAUUUGAACAUUUGGAUGUAUCCUAUAAUAAUAUAAGAUAUGCUUUGAUAUUCUUUUUGUUAAAAUUUAUAAAAAGUGGAUGUCUACGCUGCUUCCGAUGCUAAUUUUAAUAAAAGUAAUAAAAUGAUUUAUGGGACACUAAUCAAAAUUUUUCAUCAUUACUUGAAGAGGAGAAGUCAGUUAAAUCUGCUUAAAAUUAAUUUUAAUUGAUAUCAUUUAACCUAAGAGAAUUAGAUUUUUCAAAAAAUGAAAACAUAUUUACUCCUGUUAUUAGCUCUUUAGCAACUUACUUUAAUAAAAUAGAAAUCUUAGAUCUAUCUUCAUGCAAACCAGUAACAGAAUAGGAUUUAGAUUUAUUGUGUGUUUUCUUAAAAAAAUCUACAAUUGUGCAUGAUUUAAAUUUAAGGGAUUUAAAUAUUGGGAGCUUAAAUUUAAUAACUAUCAAGAAAUUAAGAGACUGUGUUCUAAAUAGCAGUCUGAAAAAAUUGGAUCUAAGCUAAAACCAACUAUUUAAAAUAGCUAAUUAAUUCAAAACCGAUGAAAUAAUCACAAACUUCAAACUUGAGAGUAUUGAUUUGAGUUGUAAUGGGCUUUAAUCUAAACAUACCAGUUAUAUAGAAAUAAUUAUAUCAUCUUACAGGAAUCUAUCUUUCUUAAACCUAUCUCAUAAUAACAUAGACUUUACAGGAUUAAUAACAAUCUCUAGAGUUAUGGCUGAGAAUAAGUGCAUAAAAAGUUUAAAGUAUAAUUUUUUAUUUAAUAUAUUUCAGUCUUUCACAUCAAUAGAUGAGUGCUGAUGAUUGUUUAAUUUUAGGGUAGAUAAUUUCUAAUGAAAAUCUAUAAUAUCUCAAUAUAUCUGAUAACCCCUAAAUGAAGAAAUUGAAAACGUUUUUCAAUUUGUGUUAGACUGAGAAAAUGGAACUUUUAUAAUUAUCUGACAUACAUUUCGACAAAUGCAAUCAAAAGAAUCUUGAAAAAAUUGUCAAAAAAUAAAAAAGGAAUAUUUUAGGGGUUACUUUCAAUCAUUGUAGUUUCAGUUAAAGCGGAUAUGAAAAAUUCGGAAUGUAAUUAUUAAGUUGUAAGCAAUUAUAAAUGUUUACUGUCUCAUAUAAUCCAUUAAUGUAUGUCGAUCUAGAAAAGGCUUAGGCAAUGUUAAACCAUUUUAAACAUUUGAAAAUAUUAAAAUACAAUUAAGUCACAUUUACUGGUGAAUCCUUUGUUCAUGCCAAAUAUUGGCUUUUGAAUCCAGAGACUUGUAAUGUAAUAUUUAUUUAUUAUUAAAGUUAAUUACGUUGGAUCUUAGUGACAAUGUAAUCAAAUAAGAAUGGCUAAAUGAAUUAAGCAUUGGAAUUUAAGGAAACAAAACUAUGUAAAAUUUAUUUUUGAAUAAAUGUAACCUGGGAAAUUUAAACUUAGAGCCCUUAUGGGAGGCUAUUUCUUUGAGUCCAACAAUAAAAAUAGUUUCUAUAGCUAAUAAUAAUAUUGUAGAUAAACUAUAUUACAGCAAGUUUGUAGCUGCUUCAGAGUAUAAAGGCAAAUAAUUUGAAGAACUUAACUUAUCUGACAAUCCUUUGGAUGAAAAGGAAUUAAUAUAAUUUUUUACUCCUCAAACAUUAAUAAAUAAAAAAAAAUAACCUAUAGUAAUUAAACAACUCAAUUUAUCGAAUUGUAAAUUAAAAAUAAGUUUUUUUCAGAAUCUAAUAGUAGAACAUCAAGUAUAUUAGGAAUAAUUCUUAUUUUCGCAUAUCAUUAGCUUGUCUUUAAGCAAUAAUUAGUUAGACGAUUCUAUAGGAGAGUUAUUGAAAUAAACAAUAACUUAAUCAACUAAGUUGUAAGAAUUAUAUUUGUAGUAAAACUUCUUUACCAGUAAAGGUAUGAUCUAAAUUCUUGAGGGUAUUUUUGCAUCAUAAACAAUCAAAACAAUUAAUAUUAGUGAAAAUAAGGUUGGUGAUCAAUUUGCUAAGAAACUUGAUGAAUUAAAAUUUCAUUAAUGUUCCAUUUAGUUUUUAUUGUUAAGAGACAACAACUUUUAGAAAGAAGGGUUGAAAAUAUUAGCAUAAAUUCUUUCUUACUAAAAGGAUCUAUUUAUUGAUAAUAUUUGGUAAGAUUUAGAUGAUGAGGAUGCAGAUCUAAUUUUAGAAUAGUAUACUAGGAUUUGUUAAAAGUAUCGUCUAGAUUAGACAUCAUUGCCGUCUUUUUUAAAAGAAAUUUAAUUGUCAAAAUCCAAUCUUACUGAUAAAUUUUGCGAAUCAUUCGGAAAAUAUUAUCCUCUUUUAGGGUUCAUUGAAUUUAUUGAUGUCUCAGAUAAUCCAUAUAUAACAAUGUAUGGAAAAGUCUAUUUAUUCUUUCAUUUAUUCGAUUGCUGCUAUGAAAAGCAUUAAUUAAGGGCUCUACAUAUAUCUGAUUCUCAAGAAACCAGAAAAGUAUUUGAUGAUGGACUUUUGCGUUAUUUGACUUUGAGAUUUAGGAAUUUUCUAUUAGGACAGGCUAUGAAAAAAGCACAACCUCUAGGGUAAUAGGAGAGUUCUUAGAAACAAAUAGAGAAAAUAUUCGGAGGCAUGUUUGGAUCUUGGCUUAUACAUAAGAUAAAUAAGUUAAUGACUUACUUAGAUUUGAUUGAACCAUAAAUUUUUAUAGUAAGCACUCUCUUUAUUGGUAAAUUUAGAAGAAACAACAUAAAUAUAAAGAUUAUUGUUAUUCUCUUUUGGAUUGGAUUUGUUUUAGUAAAUUUAACUUAAUUUUUUAAAUUGUUUUUCUAUUUAGGGAAUAAAAAUGAACCCCCCUAAGAAAUACCUAUAGAUGAUAAAAAUUUAAAAGUUGAUAUUUUUUACAUGGAUUUGAUUUAUGUUUGUUCAAUAAUAAGCGGGAUUGUUGUUAUUGAAAUAUUGCAACUAAUCUUAACUGUAGCUUUAAGAAGGAAAAUUUAGCCAGCCUUGUAAAUUAUUCACCCAAAAAUGCUGGAACAUCUUCAUACUAGAUUUCCACACAAACGAGAAAUAUUCUUGAUGAUUUACUCAAUUUUUAGUAAAUCAAGUACUUUGCUUGAAAGAAUGUUUUUGGCUUCCUUAAUGAAUUUAAGGAAUGAUAACGAAAAUUAAGACAUUCUAAAAUUUCAGAUUAUGUUUAGUAUUGCUAUAUUUGGAAGAUUUGCUGAUUCACUUAUUAUAACAAUAAUAAAUUUAAUAAAAUUUAUAUUUGCUACUCCAAGUGAUGAUUAGGCCAAAUAUUUAUCUUUAUUGUAAAGAAAUCUUUACUACUAAAAUUAUUUUGUCUCAAGUGAUCUUUUAUUAACGUUAUGUCCAGUUCAAGGAUAUUAAUUUACAAAAACUAUAAAAGUAAAUUACGAAAUUAUUAUCGAAACCUACAGGAUGAUAUUUAUAGAAUUAAUUUUAUUCAUCUUUGUAUUGAUUUUCAGCUAAAGUUCCAAAAUUGACGAGUUGUAUGAUGUGUUUGAUUCAAAUUGGCCAAUAAUUUUAUUAUGGGAGACAUUUCUUUUUGCAAAGUGCAUAAUAUCUAUAAUCUUAUCCCUAUUUAAAAUUUUAACUGUGAGACCUGCUGUUGUCAAAUAAAAUGGUUUUAAUUAGGCAUUAGCAAUAAAGAGAUUUCAUUCAAAUAAAAAUCAAUUUGUCAAACCUUAAAACAUUCAAAUUGAAUAGAUCUUGUAAAAAAUUGGCAAUGAAUUAAAAGUAAAAUAGCAAUAAUAAAACCACUCCUCAAGAGUACUGGAUUAAAAAAGAGAAAUAAGAAUAUAAAAUAAAAUUUAAGAAAUCGAUUAGAUUGAUGAAGAAGAUGAUGUUUUAAUAAGCAAGUACACUUCUAAUUUUGAUUCUUCAAGUACUAAUUCAUCGUAAUUAUAGAUAAUUCGUCCUCUUCCGAUUUAGAAAUAUAGGAUCCCCCCCAACACCCUUUAAGUAAUGCUAUUCCUAAGUUUAAAUAUAAUAUAUGA